GAACCAGCAGGAGCAGCCACUUGGUAGUAGGCGUUAGGUUAUGUAGCGUUUUUCGUGGACCGACAGGUUACCGCUAUAGUAGAUAAGUUAUCGACAUUGUAAAUAGUAUGUUACUGUAACUAAAGAAUAAAAUUGUAUUUUAAGUAACAUUUGUAAUACUUAACAAGAGGUUAUGAGUAACCAGAGUAUGCCUAAUAAUGUUGAAACCAACACUUCAGCAUCGAUAAAUCACCCUAAACUAGAAUCUGAAAUGUCAAAUGUAGUGGAAGGAGUACAAAAGCGAAAGUUGUCAGAAGGUAAAGAUGAGCAUCCUCGAAACAAGAAGCGGAGGAGAGGUAUGAAUAAAAAGCGAGGACCAACGUUCCGAGUGAACCGCGAGUGUCAACUGUGUCCACAGCUGGUGGACAGACGGUCAGACAGCGAUCCAGGGUGUGUUCUGGCCGCGUGCAAGUUUACGCAUGAUUUGACACAGUAUUUGGCUGAGAAACUGCCCAGUCUGGGUGACGAGUGCUACGUCUUCAAGAUCAGAGGUCACUGUCCUCGCGGUCUCACCUGCAGGUAUGGCUCCAAGCACAUUGCAGAUGGAGGUCUGAACAUAGUGGACGAGAGCCGGUUUGCGGAGUGGAAAUCUAACAGAAGUCUUCACACAAUCAACAGUCUCAAACAUGAAGUUCAACGACAUUUGUGGAAGCAAACAUACGAUUUCGAACGGGCGACAAAGGUGAUAUCUCAAUGGAACCAAGACAACCAGCAAAAGAAAGAAGCUGCAAUAGAAAACGGAAAUGAUAAAGUCAGUAUUGAACUCAAAGACGAAGGUCACGCAGGAAAUACUGGUGAAGGUGCCAUCGCUGUUCCUGAGAUUGAUAAUUGUGAUCAGAAGAAUGGCUCGAGUAGUGAGGUUGGAAUGGAAACCACUGGGGACAGUACAGUCCACGCGAAGGUGGGGCCAGUUUUAGACACUGACAUUAUCAAACUUCGAGAUAAAGAGAAAAGGAAGAUAGACUGGCGGGACAAGCUGUUCUUGUCUCCCCUCACGACGGUGGGUAACUUGCCAUUUCGCCGAGUGUGCAAGGAGUUCGGGGCCGACGUCACGUGUGGUGAAAUGGCCAUGGCUACCAACCUACUGCAAGGCAAAGGGCAGGAGUGGGCCCUCACCAAGCGGCAUGGCAGCGAGGACUUGUUCGGGGUCCAGGUGUGUGGAGGUAACAUCCAUGUGAUGACGAGAUGUGCACAGCUGAUACAAGAUCAGGCCGAAGUGGACUUUAUAGACAUCAACGUUGGAUGUCCUAUUGACCUGAUAUAUCAGCAGGGUGCAGGCAGUGGACUUCUCAACAAGAAGAAGGUGCUGUUCUCCAUAGUGAAAUGUAUGAAGGGCGUGCUGGACAUCCCCUUGACAGUGAAGACCAGGAUGGGGGUGUACAGCGGCAAGAAUGUGGUCCACACGUAUAUGGGCAGCCUGGCGGAGUCUGGGGCAGACCUUAUCACUAUACAUGGAAGAACGAAGGAGCAACGUUAUACAAAGCUGGCGGAUUGGGACUAUAUAGAGCAGUGUGCCCAGCUGGCCAAACCUACUCCUGUCAUCGGCAAUGGGGACAUUCUCUCCUACGAGGACUUUGACACAGCAAGG